AUGGAUGCAGAUGGUUAUCCUUAUUAUCGCCGCCGAGACGAAGGAAUCAGGUUUACACGAAAUAGCAGUGUAUUUGAUAAUCGUCAUGUUGUACAAUACAUUCCUGAAUUAUUGAAAGCUUUCAAUUGUCAUAUUAACGUAGAAGUUGUAUGCUCAAUUACAGCAGUUAAAUAUUUAUUUAAAUAUGUUUAUAAAGGCCAUGAUAAAGCAGCAAUAAUAGUAAACGGAAGCAUACCAAAUACUACAGAAGAAGCUCAUGCGUCCCAUGAUUCUCGUGAUGACCCUGAUAAUUUCAAUACCGUUAACGAUUAUGAUGAAAUACGUAAUUUUGUUGAUGCUCGUUACGUUGGGCCUGUAGAAGCUGUUUGGCCUAUUAUAUCAAAAGAUCUUCAAGACAAAAGUCAUUCUAUAAUUCGGUUACCAGUACAUUUACCAAAUGAACAAAGUAUUACUAUUAAUGAUAAUUGUACUAAAGAAGAACUUCAAGAGGCUUUAGAGAAAAAAUCCAUGUUAAUUGAUUUUUUUAAAUUAAAUGAACGUGAUCCAAAUGCGCGCCAAUAUGUUUAUGGUGAUAUUCCAAAUCAUUAUGUUUUUAAAAAAGACGAUAAGACUAAAAUUGCAAGUUGGCAGCCACGAAAAAAACAUCAUAACGUUAUUGGACGAAUGUAUUCAAUUAGUCCUGCUCAAGUUGAAUUAUUUCAUCUAAGAUUAUUAUUGGUUCACAUCAAAGGCGCAAAAAGUUUUGAAGAACUAAGAACAGUAAAUAGAACUCUUUAUGAUUCUUUUACAUCUACAUGUUUAGCAGCUGGUCUGAUAGAAGACGAUCAAGAGUGGAGAAGAACAUUAAAUGAAGCAAUAAUAUGGAUGAUGCCACGGCAAUUACGCUGUUUAUUUGUUCAGAUAUUAAUUCAUUGUCAGCCACUUCGACCAGAAGAUUUAUGGGAGGAAUUUAAAGGAUCUAUGUCCGAAGAUUAUAAAAGACGUUUCGGAGCAGAAAAAGGAGAGAAAAAAGCAUACAUAUACAUCAAUUCUAUGUUGAAUCGUGAAGGUUACAGUCUUUCGGCGUUUCCCAGUAUGAUUCAAAUUAAUGAAAUUGAUGAUGGAUUACUAGAUGGUGAACUAUUACAAACUGUAAACGCAAACGACUCACAUACGUAUUACAAUAAACUAAAUGUCCGUCAAAAAGAGGUAGUCAAUUUUAUUUUAAGUUCAAUUAAUAGUGAAAGGCUUUCGACAUCUAAUUGUAUUUACAUAGAUGGACCUGGUGGUUCUGGAAAAACGUUUAUUUAUACAACACUCUGUCAUAUUCUAAAAAAUUUAAAUAAAAACGUCUGA